AUGCUCGAGGGCCGGGCUCCAGAGGCGGUUGUCGACGAUGUCGUCGCGGCGGCUCAAGAUCCAAAUAGCAAUGUCGGAUCUGCGCAGGUCAAAGAUGCUGCCCUGACACAGGCGCAAGCUGGGGGUGCUGCCGCGUUCCAAUUCGACCCGGAUGCCAGUUCUGAGGAGAAGGCGGCACAACUCAAAGCAAAAACUGAGCAAUUUCGACCGCAUCGCAAGCACCAGGUGGCUGCACUCGUGACUGACGAGGGCGGCGAUGGUGUACCGGACUAUGACCUGCCUCUUCCAAGCAAAGCAGGCGCGAUCGCGGCAACUGCAGUCACUACCGACGCGAACGGGCACGUUGCUCCGGAUGAGUUGGACAAGUACAGCAAGGUGGGCUGGGCGCCUCGUUUUGGCAACCCUGGAGACAAGGAAGAGGAUGCGGGUACGAUGCUCGAUCACCAGACAUUCUUGGAAGGGAAGCUGGACGACAAAUUUUUCGGCGACUGGUAUCACAACGCUGGUGUCAUCAUCUUCGCCUGCCUAGCAUCAUGGACAGUGGCUGUUCUAGGUGGCGGUCUCGGCUGGGUAUUCAUUGUAAUGGCAAUCUGCGGGACGUACUACCGAACUUCACUUCGACGCGUGAGGCGCAACUUCCGCGACGACAUCACACGAGAGCUCGCGAAGACCAGGCUAGAGACAGACACCGAGUCACUGGAGUGGAUCAACAGCUUCAUGAACAAGUUCUGGCCGAUCUAUGCUCCUAUCCUCUGUGAGACGAUCGUGGCGUCCGUGGAUCAGGUCUUGAGUACAUCCACACCGGCCUUUCUGGAUAGCAUGCGCAUGAGCUUUUUCACGCUUGGCACGAAACCUCCACGACUCGAGCAUGUCAAGACGUAUCCUAGGGAAGAAGACGACACGGUCAUGAUGGACUGGAAGUUCAGCUUCACGCCGAACGAUAUAUCCGAUCUGACGACAACCCAGGCCAAGAAUAAAGUCAACCCAAAGGUCAUCCUCGAAGUGAGGGUCGGCAAGGCCAUGAUCUCGAAAGGCCUCGAUAUUAUCGUCGAAGACAUGGCGUGUUCUGGCAUCAUGCGCGUGAAAAUGAAGCUACAGCUGCCAUUCCCACACAUCGAUCGUGUUGAGAUCUGCUUCCUUGAGAGACCGACCUUUGACUACGUAUGCAAGCCGCUUGGCGGUGAAACUCUCGGCUUCGACAUCAACUUUGUACCUGGUCUGGAAGGUUUCAUCCAGGAACAAAUCCAUGCCAACCUUGCGCCGAUGAUGUACGCGCCCAACGUGUUCCCGAUGGAGAUCGCGAAGAUGUUGGCCGGCAAUCCCGUUGACCAAGCUAUCGGUGUCCUGCAAGUCACGUUCCACGGUGCCAAAGGCCUCAAGAAUCCAGACAAAUUCUCUGGUACACCUGACCCGUACGCCACACUCAGCGUCAACAACCGCGAGGUCCUCGGAAAAACGAAGAGAGUUGACCAGAACGCCAAUCCGAGGUGGAACGAGACUGUCAACAUCAUCCUCACGAGCUUACGUGAACCACUCACGAUUCACGUCUACGACUACAAUGAGUUCCGCAAGGACAAGGAGCUCGGCGUGUGCAACUUUGAUCUUGGCCAGCUUGAGAAGGAGACUGAGUUCGAGAACAUGCAGCUCGAUGUCAUUGCAUCUGGCAGAGCGCGCGGAGUAGUUGAGGCAGAUCUUCGUUUCUUCCCAGUCCUGGAAGGCCACAAGAUGGCUGACGGAACUAUUGAGGCGCCCCCAGAAAGCACGACCGGCAUCGUCAAGUUCACGGUCGAGCAAGCCAAGGAGCUGGAUGGCAGCAAGUCGUUGGUCAACGCGCUCAGCCCAUACGCCGUGCUUCUACUCAACGGCAAGGAGAUCCAGAUCUCGAAGAAGCUUAAGCGGACGAAUAAUCCUGUCUGGCCAGAUGCGACGAAGGAGAUGCUCAUCACGGAUAGAAAGAAGGCGAAACUCGGUCUUGUCAUCAAGGACGAUCGUGACCUUGCUGCCGACCCGGUCCUCGGUACGUACCAAAUAAGAUUGGACGACAUGCUUGACUUGAUGGGCAAAGGCCAGGAAUGGUACAAUUUAGCUGGUGCGAAGCAAGGUCGUGCUAAGAUGACGCUGCAGUGGAAGCCUGUUGCGCUGAAAGGUGCCUCGGGUGGUAGUGGUGGAUAUGUCACGCCUAUUGGCGUUAUGCGCUUCCACUUCCAGUCUGGACGGGACCUCAAGAACCUGGAUACGGUUGGCAAGUCGGAUCCCUAUGCGCGGGUCUUGCUUUCUGGCAUUCAAAAGGGCCGGACUGUUACGUGGAAGAACAAUCUCAAUCCUGAUUGGGAUGAGGUCUGCUAUGUUCCUAUCCACUCCGAGCGGGAGAAGCUCACAGUCGAGGUCAUGGAUGAAGAGAAUACGCAGAAGGAUCGCACCAUGGGACAAAUGGAGAUCGCGGCUUCUGAGUAUGUCCAGCUGGGCGAGGAUGGGCAGUAUCUCAUCCACGACACGAAGAACAAGGUCAUCUCAGCGGCUGUCAGGAUUGGCAACAACCCACCCAAGGGUACGAUCAACUUUACUGUGUCUUUCUACCCGUGUAUGAACGUGGUCGACCCAGAGGACGAAGAUCGCGAAGCAGCUAAGGCAACACCCAGUCUAGACGGCACGCCAGUAUCGCCCAUCAACGGACAGGGAUCUAGCGUCGUGUUGCCUUCCCCUACUGCGCCGAGCCACGCACGAAGCCACACUGCCACGACUAUUGCUAGUGUUGCCACCGCGCAUACGAGCAAUAGCCAAGCUGAGAUGUGGAAGGCGCUUGAGGCUGGUGAGAAGGAGCAGACUGAGGCGGACGAUGUCAAGACUGCGGCUGUGCCCAAGGUUCGCAUUGGAGCAGACGAUUUGUCGAAAUAUGAAUCCGGUCUCUUGGUUUUCAGGAUCAUCGACGGCCGAAUGGCUCAUCCUGGCACUUUCCUCGAGGUCCUAAUUGAUGAUAAUCUCUUUCCUGCUUACACUAGUGCUAAAGCCAAAGGUCAACAUCACAACUUCAACGAGACUGGCGACGUCAUGGUCCGCGAGCUCGAUCUAUCCCGCAUCACGCUCCGACUCGUGUCUGAGGUCAAUCGCAAAGGCGAGAGCAAAGAUGAAGGCAUCAAAGCCAAGAUCGCCGGCCCCACCAUGGACACCCUCAGGCGCUCCUUGUAUACACCUACACAGAUCCCUCUCAAGGACUCAGGUGGCCGCGAGAGCAAGAUCACGGUCUCCAUGCGCUUCUUGCCCGUCCACAUGCAACUUGACCCGAGCGAAAGCUUCAACAAUGCCGGCUCACUCCGUGUGGAAGUCCUCGAUGCCGCGGAUCUGCCCUCCGCCGACCGCAACGGCAAGUCCGAUCCUUUCUGUAAAUUCAACCUUAAUGGCGAGGAAGUUUACAAGACGAAAGUGCAGAAGAAAACUUUGCAUCCAGCUUGGAACGAAUUCUUUGAGACUUCUGUGCGGAGCAGGACGGCUGCCAAGUUCAUCGUGAAUGUUCUAGAUUGGGACCUUGCGGACAAACCGGACUUCCUGGGUAAGUCGGCUAUCGACCUCACGGGUCUAGAGCCCUUUCAGCCGCAGGAGGUUGUGUUGCCGUUGGAGGGCAAGAGUGGGAGCUUGCGACUUAGGAUGUUGUUCAAGCCUGACUACGUUCUUCGAUCGCGACAGGGGUCUUCGACUUUCUCAGGGACGUUCGCGGCGCCUGGUAAAGUUAUUGGAGCGCCUGUUAAGGGUGUCGGGAAAGGUGCGGUCAUGGUCGGUGGUGGUGUCGCGAAGGGUGCGAGUUUUCUGGGUAGAGGGUUCAAGAGGAGGACUGUUAGUGGGAUGGCUGAGCAAGAGGCACAGGCUGGGGACGAAAUCAAUGGUGGAGAUAUGGACACGAGGGGUACUGCCAGUCUGGAUGCUUCACCUGCUGGCGGAGCAACGAAUGGACAUGCUACACAGCCUUCGCUCGACGGGUUUGCGGGUGAGAAGAUGCUGCCGAGCACGCCAGUCCAUCAGCGUCAGGCGAGCUUCGGACGUCAGUCACAAUUGCCUCCUUCGUCAGCGGAGAUGGGCAUGGCGAAUAUCACUGUCGUCAGCGCAUCAGGAUUUGAAGGCGAGCCGAAACUUGAGGUUCACGUUCUGCAGGAUGGCCACAAAGGCGUGAAAGACGUCAUGAAGACUGAUCACCUCAAGGCCAAGGCGGGCGCUGUGCAAUACAGUAAUGAAAGCAAGAGGGUGCAAUGCGCAGCCGACAGCCAGUUCAAAGUCCAAGUCAAGGACCAUAAGACUUUCGGCUCGGAUCUUUUGGGCGAAGCGGCCUUCUUCGUCAACGACCAGUCGCAUGGCGGGGCGCAGGAAAUCAAGGUUGGCACGGGUGUGGUAGUCUUGCAGACUUCCUUCCAGGCUGCGGACGCCGCCAGCAUGUUACGCCCGGACACAGCAGGCGGCGCCAACGACUCGCCUUCAAGCAGUAAGAAAGGUGGGCUCAACAGGUUCAUGACGAGAAGGGAACGCAGCGUCACGCCUUCUGCUCCUGCUCCUUAG